AGGGUGGGUGCGGUGCAGUGAGAUAGGGAGGGAGUACGUCUGCUGUCAUUAUGCUGGGAUUAAUGUUCCGACAGGCCAAAAGCCAUCCGAGUCUAAUUCCAUUGUUUGUCUUCAUUGGAGCUGGAAGUUUAGGAGCAAGCAUGUAUCUCCUGCGGCUUGCUCUUCGUAACCCUGAUGUUAGCUGGGAUCGCAAGAAUAACCCUGAACCGUGGAAUAAGAUAGCACCCAAUGAACAGUACAAGUUCUUUUCUGUGAACAUGGACUACAACCAACUGAAGAAGGAUCGGCCAGAUUUCUAAAGGUUGAAUGUGGACCACCUUGUCCAGGUGGUUUUAUUAGAUUAUAAAAUGCCAAAUAUGAGCCCUUGGGGCCAAUAUUGCUACUGUAACUGUUUUAGUGCACCAUUCAGGAAUCAGAUUGUAUUUCAUUUGUGUGUGUAUAUAUGAAACUGAGAAUAAAUCUCAUGUGCACUACCUA